GGAGGCUCCGACCCCCCGGCCGAGGGGAUGAGGGGAGCAUGGGCGCCAAGGAGUCACGGAUCGGAUUCCUCAGCUACGAGGAGGCGCUGAGGAGAGUUACGGAUGUAGAGCUGAAACGACUCAAAGAUGCCUUCAAGAGGACCUGUGGACUUUCAUAUUACAUGGGCCAGCACUGCUUCAUCAGGGAGGUGCUUGGUGACGGAGUACCUCCUAAAGUUGCUGAGGUGAUUUACUGUUCUUUUGGUGGAACAGCCAAAGGGUUGCACUUCAAUAACUUAAUAGUUGGACUUGUCCUCCUUACAAGAGGGAAAGAUGAAGAGAAAACAAAAUACAUCUUCAGUCUUUUUGCAAGUGAAUCUGGGAGCUAUGUUGUACGGGAAGAGAUGGAAAGAAUGCUCCAUAUGGUAGAUGGAAAAGUCCCAGAUACACUCAGGAAGUGUUUCUCAGAGGGUGAAAAGGUAAACUAUGAAAAAUUUAGAAAUUGGCUUCUCCUGAACAAAGAUGCUUUUACCUUUUCUCGCUGGCUGCUAUCGGGAGGUGUGUAUGUUACCCUCACUGAUGACAGUGAUACUCCUACUUUCUACCAAACUCUGGCUGGAGUCACACAUUUGGAGGAAUCAGACAUCAUUGAUCUGGAGAAACGCUACUGGUUAUUGAAGGCUCAAUCCCGGACUGGACGAUUUGAUUUAGAGACAUUUGGCCCAUUGGUUUCACCUCCUAUUCGUCCUUCUCUAAGUGAAGGUUUAUUUAAUGCUUUUGAUGAAAAUCGUGACAAUCACAUAGACUUCAAGGAGAUCUCCUGUGGGUUAUCAGCCUGUUGCAGGGGUCCCCUGGCUGAAAGACAAAAAUUUUGCUUCAAGGUGUUUGAUGUUGACCGUGAUGGAGUUCUCUCCAGGACUGAACUAAAAGACAUGGUCGUUGCACUUUUGGAGGUCUGGAAGGAUAACCGCACUGAUGAUAUCCCUGAAUUACAUAUGGAUCUCUCUGACAUUGUAGAAGGCAUAUUGAAUGCACAUGAUACUACAAAGAUAGGCCAUCUUACUUUGGAAGACUAUCAGAUCUGGAGUGUGAAAAAUGUUCUUGCCAAUGAAUUUUUGAAUCUCCUCUUCCAGGUGUGCCACAUAGUUCUGGGGUUAAGACCAGCUACUCCAGAAGAAGAAGGACAAAUUAUUAGAGGAUGGUUAGAACGAGAAAGCAGGUAUGGUCUGCAGCCAGGACACAAUUGGUUUAUCAUCUCCAUGCAGUGGUGGCAACAGUGGAAAGAAUAUGUCAAAUAUGAUGCCAACCCUGUUGUAAUUGAGCCAUCAUCUGUUCUGAAUGGAGGAAAAUUUUCAUUUGGAACAACAAUACAACCUAUAGAACAUGGUGAAGAUAGAAUUGGUAGCAACUUCAGUUAUAUGAAUAACACAGAAGAGAAAUUUUCAGACAACAUUUCUUCUGCAUCUGAAGCCUCAGAAUCUGCUGGCAGUGGCUUUCUGUAUUCUGCCACACCGGGGACAGAUAUGUGCUUUUCUCGACAACAUAAUAUUUCUGACAAUAACAACCAGUGUUUACUAGGAACCAAUGGAAAUAUUCUUUUACACCUUAAUCCUCAGAAACCAGGAGCUAUUGAUAACCAACCACUGGUAACUCAAGAGCCAGUAAAGGCUACAUCAUUAACACUAGAAGGAGGGCGCUUAAAGCGAACUCCACAGCUGAUCCAUGGAAGAGAUUAUGAAAUGGUCCCAGAACCUGUAUGGAGAGCACUUUAUCACUGGUAUGGAGCAAACCUGGCCCUCCCUAGACCAGUGAUCAAGAAUAGCAAGACAGACAUCCCAGAGCUGGAAUUAUUUCCUCGUUAUCUCCUCUUUUUGCGACAGCAGCCUGCCACUCGAACACAGCAGUCUAACAUCUGGGUGAAUAUGGGUAUGAUGAGCCUAAGAAUGUUUCCUCAACAUUUACCGAGAGGAAAUGUACCUUCUCCGAAUGCACCUCUAAAGCGGGUGUUAGCCUAUACAGGCUGUUUUAGUAGAAUGCAGACUAUCAAGGAAAUUCACGAAUACUUGUCUCAAAGGCUUCGCAUCAAAGAGGAAGAUAUGCGCCUAUGGCUAUAUAAUAGUGAGAAUUAUCUUACUCUUCUGGAUGAUGAGGAUCAUAGGCUGGAAUAUUUGAAGAUUCAGGAUGAACAGCACCUGGUAAUUGAAGUUCGCAACAAAGAUAUGAGCUGGCCUGAGGAAAUGUCCUUUAUAGCAAACAGUAGUAAAAUAGAUAGACACAAAGUUCCCACCGAAAAAGGAGCCACAGGUCUGAGUAACCUGGGAAACACAUGCUUCAUGAAUUCAAGCAUCCAAUGUGUUAGUAACACACAGCCACUGACACAGUAUUUCAUCUCAGGGAGGCAUCUUUAUGAGCUCAACAGGACAAAUCCCAUUGGUAUGAAAGGGCAUAUGGCUAAAUGUUAUGGUGAUUUAGUACAGGAACUUUGGAGUGGAACUCAGAAGAAUGUUGCCCCAUUAAAGCUUCGGUGGACCAUAGCAAAAUAUGCUCCCAGGUUUAAUGGUUUCCAGCAGCAAGACUCACAAGAACUUCUGGCUUUUCUCCUGGAUGGUCUUCACGAAGAUCUCAACCGGGUCCACGAGAAGCCGUAUGUGGAGCUGAAGGACAGUGACGGCCGGCCCGACCGGGAAGUAGCUGCGGAGGCCUGGGAUAAUCAUCUGAGAAGAAAUAGAUCAAUUGUUGUGGACUUGUUCCAUGGGCAGCUGCGAUCCCAAGUCAAAUGCAAGACAUGUGGGCAUAUAAGUGUCCGAUUUGACCCCUUCAAUUUUUUAUCUUUACCACUACCAAUGGACAGUUACAUGCAUUUAGAAAUAACAGUAAUUAAAUUAGAUGGCACUACCCCUAUACGAUAUGGACUGAGACUGAACAUGGAUGAAAAAUACACAGGUUUAAAACAGCAGCUAAGUGACCUCUGUGGACUUAAAUCAGAACAGAUCCUCCUUGCAGAAGUACAUGGUUCCAACAUAAAGAAUUUCCCUCAGGACAACCAGAAAGUUCGACUCUCAGUGAGUGGAUUUUUAUGUGCAUUUGAAGUUCCCAUUCCUGCAUCUCCAGAUUCAGCUUCUAGUCCUACUCAGACAGAUUGCUCCUCUUCUCCAUCUUCAAAUGGAAUAUUCACCCUGACUACCAAUGGGGACCUGCAUCGACCAAUAUUCAUUCCCAAUGGAAUGCCAAACACUGUUGUACCAUGUGGAACUGAGAAGAACUUCACAAAUGGAAUGGUGAAUGGUCAUACACCAUCUGUUUCUGAAAAGUCCUUUAUAGGCUACAUCAUUGCUGUCCACCGAAAAAUGAUGCGGACAGAACUGUAUUUCCUGUCAUCUCAGAAGAAUCGCCCCAGCCUCUUUGGGAUGCCACUGAUUGUUCCAUGUACUGAGCAGACCCGUAAGAAAGAUCUGUAUGAUGCAGUAUGGAUCCAAGUGUCUCGAUUAGCCAGCCCCCUCCCACCACAAGAAGCUAGUAACCAUGCUCAGGACUGUGAUGACAGCAUGGGCUAUCAAUAUCCGUUCACUCUGCGAGUUGUGCAUAAAGAUGGGAAUUCCUGUGCUUGGUGCCCGUGGUAUAGAUUUUGCAGAGGCUGUAAAAUUGAUUGUGCAGAAGACAGAGCUUUCAUUGGGAAUGCCUAUGUUGCUGUGGAUUGGGAUCCCACAGCCCUUCACCUCCGCUACCAAACAUCACAGGAACGAGUUGUAGAGGAGCACGAGAGCGUGGAGCAGAGUCGGCGAGCACAGGCGGAGCCCAUCAACCUGGACAGCUGUCUCCGUGCCUUCACCAGCGAGGAGGAGUUAGGGGAAAAUGAGAUGUACUACUGUUCCAAGUGUAAGACUCAUUGCUUGGCAACCAAGAAGCUGGAUCUCUGGAGGCUUCCCCCCAUUCUGAUUAUUCACCUUAAACGAUUUCAAUUUGUAAAUGGGCGGUGGAUAAAAUCACAGAAAAUUGUUAAAUUUCCUCGUGAAAGCUUUGACCCUAGUGCUUUUUUGGUACCAAGAGACCCAGCUCUCUGCCAGCAUAAACCAUUCACACCCCAGGGGGAUGACAUCUCUGAGCCAAGGAUUCCAACUGGAGAAGUGAAGAAACUGGAUGGCCAGAGCUCAGCAGGGGAAGAGGAUGUGCUGCUGAGCAAGAGCCCGUCUUCACUCAGCGCAAACAUCAGCAGCAGCCCAAAAGGUUCGCCUUCUUCAUCAAGAAAAAGUGGAGCCAGCUGUCCCUCCAGCAAAAAUAGCAGUCCGAACAGCAGCCCGCGGACUUUGGGGAGGAGCAAAGGCAGGCUCCGGCUGCCUCAGAUUGGCAGCAAAAAUAAAUUGUCGAGUAGUAAAGAGAAUUUGGAUGCUGGAAAAGAGAAUGGUGCUGGGCAGAUUGGUGAGCUGUCUGAUACCUUGAGCCGAGGGCACAUCCUGGGAGGCAGCCAACCUGAGCUGGUCACCCCACUGGACCAUGAAGUCACUUUGGCCAAUGGAUUUCUUUAUGAGCAAGAGACAUGUGGCAAUGGCUAUAGCAACGGUCAGCUUGGAAACCAUAGUGAAGAAGACAGUACUGAUGACCAAAGAGAAGAUGUUCAUAUUAACCCUAUUUAUAAUCUGUAUGCAAUUUCGUGCCAUUCAGGAAUUCUGGGUGGGGGCCAUUACGUCACUUAUGCCAAAAACCCCAACUGCAAGUGGUACUGUUACAAUGACAGCAGCUGUAAGGAACUUCACCCAGAUGAAAUUGAUACCGACUCUGCCUACAUUCUCUUCUAUGAGCAGCAGGGGAUAGACUAUGCACAAUUUCUGCCAAAGAUCGAUGGCAAAAAAAUGGCAGACACAAGCAGCAUGGAUGAAGACUUCGAGUCAGAUUACAAAAAGUACUGCGUGUUACAGUAAAGCUACUGCUCUGGCUGCUAGGCUGCUGGUGAGGGACAGGACUCCUUGUAGCAGACAUUUGGCAAAAGUGUCUCUGAAAGGCAGGCUAAAUAUAGUUACUUUAUCCUGUGACCUGAAGCACAAAAUAAAAAUCCUAAUUAAAGUAUCAGGCAACUUGAAGAGUAGUAAUAAUUUUGUUUUGAAGUCUCUCACAAGCUCUCCUGUAGAGAACUUUCAGACAGAUCCUACCAUUAGCCUGUAAACAAAAGGGUUUGGCACCAACUGUCUGGGACCAAAUAAGAAUUAAAUUGUGCUUGUUUAGAUAUGAACAAACCUAUAGUGAGUAUAGAGUUUACCAGUAAUUAUAACAAAAUACUAAGGCCUUCCUUGGAGUCAAAGUAAAAAAAAAAAAAAAAAAAUGUAGUGUUGUCUGGGGACGACAUGAUAUGCUACCUCCUUUUUCCUGAAGUUUUAAUCCAUUCUGUUAACAAGAUGGAGAAAGCAAGAUCACGAAGGUGUACAAAUGAGUCUUAUGGUGUGGACAUGGAUUUUUUUUUAACUAUUUCCCCACUCUUUCUAUGUCAUUUUUGCUUUUUGUUCUUGUUGUGUUUGGUUUGAGACCCAACUGGUCAUUGGUGACAGUAGACAGUGGUGAAUCUAAAAGGAAGGUCUCUGAAAAACUCUGUGCCUUCUACCCAGGGUCUUGGUUGGAAGACCCAGGAGAAAAAAAGCAUCCUGUGAAGUCCAGUUCGAAAGGCCUUCCUGAUGAGAGAGUAUCUGCCUUUUAGGACACGUCAUGUGUCCUCAGAAACACACACCGCCAGGUGUGGCCUGGUGGGUGCCGGUAUCUGCACCAUCUUUCCAUGCAGGUAGUGCGCAGAGCUCCUAGGACGGUAAGAGGCAUCGAAGCAAAUGGGGUCCCGUUAGUGGUUCUUUCUGUUUUGCUUCUCGUUUUGCACUUUUAUAAAAGAGAGAACACAUGCAAAGAAACUUGCUUGUAUUUUAAUGGCUCUAAGGGCUAUAACUUGAUUGGGGGUAUUUUCCUCCAAAAUAUCAAAUUUAAAAACAGAAACACAUCCCAAGCAUUAAUAGUUGAUAAGUAUUUUAAUGACAUGGACAGGUUUAGGAAGUGAGCCUCUGUUUUGUUUGCCUGCCACAUUGUUCCACUAGUCACCAGAAGCUAUGUUUCUUUGCUUACUUUUCCUGAUUAUCCAAGACUGGAACAAAAGUAUAAAUGUUAUUUAUUUUAGGCAGCAUUGUUCCUGUGUUGUAUUUUAAUAUAUAUUCAAAGGAAAUGUUUCACCUAUUUUUGGUCUUCUAAAAAAUUCAUUUAGGCUGGGCAUGGUAGCACACGCGUUUAAUCCCAGCACUCAGGAGGUAGAGGUGGUAGAAUUGGCUAUGAGUUCGAGGCCAAUUUGGGAUUACUAGGUGAGUUCCAGGUCAGCCUGGGCUCCAUGAGACCCUACCUUAAAAUACAAAACAACAACAACAAAAAAAAUCAUUUAGACCCUGGAAGUUGAUUGUCAUUUGUUGUCAGAUUCUCUUAUCCUUCCUUCCUCAUGGGUAGAUACCAACAUAAUUGAGCAUUUAAAUUAAGCAUUUGUGUUCUGAUAUCUGAGGCCAGUAACUACCUAGUUCUUAGUGUAUUUGGAAAGUUGUCUUAAACAGCAGCCUAAGCUGAGGCCCUUUUCAGAAGUAUGAAGGAGUGGCCUAACUGGUUUAAUGAAAUGAAAUCAGACAAAAUGCAUUCUCUGUGGACUUGAAGCACUGUCAGUAUAUAAAGUACACCCAUUCCUAUCUGGACAAGUCCCAUGAGAAAGUGGAAGAUUUAAGUAAUUUCCUUACAGAUGUUUUAUUUAAGCAGGUAGCACAAUCUACUAAUGUUGUUUGAUCUGUGUUUGUUAUAUUGGUUGUAAUUAAUUUUUUAAAUUCAAAAACUAGCAGAAAAUUUAUUAAAUUAACUAUUAACUAUGUUCACCUUGUAAAUUUCUGUAUAAAACUUGUUGACAAUGCACUGACUUUAGAGAAGAUGUUAAUGUACAUAGAGUGUAAAUAUGAUAGUGUUGAUGUACUGAACUAUGAACUGUAUAAAAAAGUCUUGGUAAUUGUAUAUGGUGUGUACCUGUUUAUCUGUAACUAUUAUCCAAACAAAUUAAAUACUGCGGGUGUCCA